UAAAGUCCUGGUUGAUUGGAACUGGACGUAAGUGUGUUAAUUUUGCUUUUUUUCCAGUUUUCGUGUGGUCUAUCGAUGUAAUGCGAUUAAUCUACUCAUGGCAAAUCUUAUUCAUGGCGUACGGUUUUCGGUUUAUUUGUAUAUACUUUCAAAUAGCUUCUUUUGGGUACUUAGUGGUGAUUUCCUCCUAGCAGAACGAACCACCGAGGAAAAUCUUGGACAUUGGUCGCAUACGCAUUACUUCAAAAAUGUCAUUAACCCGAUCAUAUGUAUGCUCCCACUUGUCUUUCGGUUCAACCAGUGUUUGCGAAAAUAUGCCGAUAGUGGAGAUCGAUUCCCACACCUUGCGAAUGCAUCAAAAUACGCKUUGUCGCAGCUAGUGACGCUGACCGGAGCCUUUCAUCCUCUCUAUCUGGAAGUUGAGUCGGGCCGUGAACUAGUUUACCAAGUUUUCUGGACGUUUCUCUUUUUCGCGUCCUCUAUUUAUUCCUUUACUUGGGAUGUCUACAUGGAUUGGGGACUGGGAAGGAAGAGUUACGGCUUUCUAGGCCCGAGAUUGAUGUAUCCAAAAAAGUAUGCCUAUUAUGCUACCAUCGCCAUGGAUUUAGUCUUGCGGUCCAUGUGGGUGUUGACAUUAUUACCGCCCUCUUCGGGCGCUAGCUUUGCACUUCCUGCAUACCUGUAUUCUCUGCAAGUAAUUCUGGAACUCUUCCGACGAACUGUUUGGGGGUUCUUUAGGCUUGAAAAUGAACACCGGUCCAACGUCAACAGAUACCGCAGAGUCGACUUUGUUCCGUUGCACUUUGACACUGGCCACGACAAGCACAUGUACCAAAAGAAAUUAGAACGGUCGGGAGCUUCUGUUUUGAGAGAGGUCGUCUUGGUCACGCUCGUUGUAGUCGGAUUCUGUAUUGCCAGCAUUGUCUCUGCACAACGCGCAAACAAAUCUAGUUCUACGGACGAGCUCUAAUAAACUCGAGGCGAUUGCUUCAUGGAAAAKUAGCGACGGGGAUGAAAAUAUGCUACCUCUGUGCAACAAGGAGCUUUCUGACGAAUCAAACAGAAUGAAUUCUUUUGUUUCGCUUGACGAUACUUGGUCUCAAUCUGCCAUUCAAAAAAUAUGACUUCRGGAAAUGUUGCUUUSCAACAAGGCAACAGAUAAUCCUACACAGGUCAGAGAUGGUGRCACACAAUGAUGAUUAUCAGUCUAUCGUGAUGCUCCUCUUGCAUCAACAAUAGUAGUAGUAGUUUACUACAAAUAAUAGAACUGUACAAUAAUUACGAACUAGUUUU